UUUCGUUGAAGUUGGCGUUUAGAUUUCGUAAAUCGCUAUUAAUCGUAAUAACGCGAUCAAGGUCAAACAACUUUAACAACAAAGCCACAUUUAUUUAGUGGGAAAGCAUGCCUGAAGGCCCUGAACAUUACUUAGCAAGUGACUUUAUUAAUCAGAGCUGCAAUGGCAAAAUAUUUUCGGGAAACGUUUUAAAGUCAUCUGUUACAAAAAAUCCAUGCAUUGAAUUGCCAUUUAAACAUUUUCUAAUUAUUGCUGAAUCGAGAGGAAAAGAAUUAAUGUUAAAACUAUCUGAAUUUUAUGAAAAAGAUAUAAAAAUGGAUCUUGAAUUACAUAAUCAAUCUAUCAAGUUUGAGGAGAUAAACGUCGAAAAACAGGACCAAAGUACUUUUCAAAAUAAGAUAUUGUCUGAAGUAAAGAUCUUGUUUCAGUUUGGAAUGUCUGGAACGUUUACUUUUACUUCUGAAGCAGAUAUACCAAAACAUUCGCAUCUAAAAUUUUAUACAUUUGAAGAACCAAAAAUGGUUUUAAGUUUUGUUGAUAUUAGAAGGUUUGGAAAAUGGAAAAUAUCUGACAAUUUUUCUGAAAACCGUGGCCCUGACCCUGUUCGAGAAUAUGCGCUUUUUAGAAAAAAUAUUAUAACAAAUUUAACUAAAAAAACAUUUCAAAAAUCAAUUUGUGAAGCAUUGCACGAUCAAACAUAUUUUAAUGGCAUUGGAAAUUAUCUGAGAGCCGAGAUUCUUUACCGUGCUAAGAUUCCUCCUUUCACUCUGGCAUAUGAAGUUUUAAAAGAUUUACCUGAAGAAAAAAAAGAACCCCAUGACUCAACUCCAGACCUUUUGGACUAUUGUAAAUUAGUUUUCAAUGAAGUUAUGCAACUUAAAUGUAGUUUUUACAAUUCAUUUAAUGAGCAUUCAGAUUACAAAAUAUUUGAAAAAUGGUUGCAAUGUUACUGUCAACCAAAUAUGAGCAAUUUAGUUGAUAAAGAUGGAAGGACUAUCUGGUUUGAAGGUUCUGCUGGACCGUUAGCUCCUAAAGGAUCAAAAGCAAUUUCUCGUCAUAAAACAUCUAAGAAUUCCAAAAAAAAAACAGAAGUAAUACGUGCAAAGAAAAUAAAAGAGAAUUCAAUAGAAAUAACCGAAUCGAAAAUUCGAAAGAAGAAAAUAAAAGUAACAAAAAAAAUAAAGAAUAUUUUGCAAGAUACCAACUUGUCGCUGAGAAGAUCUUCUCGUAUUAAAAAGAAGUAGACCGAAAAAAUGCUAGUUUUUUAUAAUUAGGUUAAAUAGACUAUUAUUUCAACUGUGCAUAAAGUUGCAUUAUUAUAUGUUACAUUGCGUUAAAAAGUUAAGUUAAAUUGAUUUUUUGUUUCAUUUGAUAAAAAAACACAUUACAAUAAAUAUAUUUAUACGUUUUUAUCGAAACUUAUGAACGAUUGUUGGCAUUUUAUUACAACAGAUGAAAAAAAUAUUUUGUUUUAUUCAAAUUUUUAAAAAGUAUUUUCUAAAGAAUUAUCAAUUUAAACUUUGCCAAUAUAAAAUUAACAUGUGAUUAGUUUUAUUUCAAAGUAAUUAAUAUUGAUAGAUAACUAAAUUAAUGUUCUUUUUAAAAUUUUGCCUUGUUUUAAAUAUUUUUUGACUCUAAUAUAUUUAUUUUAAAUAUUAUUCGACUCGAUUAUAAUUUAAUAUCAGAUAACAUAAUAAUUUAAGUUUGAAUUGAGUUGGUUUAGUUAGAGUUUUUAGUUUAAAAUUAUAAAAUAAUGAUUUUUAAUAAUUCUUCCUGCUUUGGGUUUGAAAUGUUUUGAAUAAUAUCAAAAGAGUUGAUCGAUCAAACUAAAAAAGUUCAUCAAUCAUGAGAAGAUAUUUUGUAGACUCUUAGAUGGUAUUUCACAAAACAAACUAAUUAGUCAUAUCGCUUAUUUUUAUUGUUUUACAAAUUUGUAAAACGUUAUGUAGAUUUUUCGAAAACGGUACGGAAUCGAAAAUUUAAUUUUGUAAUAAAUUUAAAUAAUAAGGAAUAAAAUAAUUUUAACCUAACUAAAGAGCUACAAAAUCUUUACUUUUAAUUUUCCCACCUUACACCUAUUACAUCCCACCUUACAGUAAUUUCUUAACCCUAGCUAGUUUUUCAUUCUAAUUGAUUUAAAGUAGAAACCCCGUGAUAAUUUUUUUUUUUUUGAGUAAAUAUUAUUUUAUAAAUUUAAUAAAAUGGUCCUUUAGCCGGUGCUAAAACCAAAAAAUAUUGAAAGUAGGAGAGACCGUGGCUAGUCGUAACAGGGGUAAGUUGCAACAAUGUGAUAAUAAAAUAAUGAUAAGUAAAAAAAAAUCUUUAAACACGAAAAUCUAAAAAUAAAUUAGAUUAAUCAGGAGUAGAUAAUUAUAUACAUUAGAUUGAUCAUCAAGCUUGGACUGGGCCGCCCGGACACUGGGAGGUUCCCGGUGGGCCGGUUGCCCCAAAAGUAGUUAUAUUUUUAGUUAAGUUACAUUUUAUUUCCCGUUGAUUAUUAUAAUCAACGGUAAAUUCAAAUGUAACUAAAAACAUAAUAACUUUUUUUUGGGCUCUAAUUACAGGCUAAUACAUCUGCCAGGUAAUUAUAUAAAUUUUUAGCUGAACGAAAGUAGUAUUAUAUUAACGUAAACAAACCAAAUUAGUUAACAAAUGUUAAACUAUUUAUUUUAUAAUAUAAUUUUGUAUAUCUUUUAA